CUGCGGGUCGGGCAGGCACAAGCAGAGCGCAGGCUAGGGGGCGGGAGCUGGGGCGCGGCUGGGGCUCCGGGGCGAGUGCGGGCUCGCGGGUCUGGGUGAGCCGGGACGCAGAGGGGUGGGCGCGGGCUCGGGUGCCGGGUGCGGGGGUGCAGCCGGUCUGUGGUGGCGCGGAGCGCAGGGACUCUCGCAGCAGGGUGCGGGCAUCCGCCGGGCUGUGCCGCGGGGGCGGCAGGCGCUGCGACAGGGCUGGGUGCGGUCUGACCAGAGCGCAUGGCCCGGUCGUGGGGAGCUCAGGGACUUGGCCUUUCAGGCUCUUGCUCUGAACUCCACCUACCCCCCAAGACCUCAUGGCCCACUUCUGUGGCUGCUACUUCCUUCUCCCCUCACCCGCAUGUGGCUAUUUAUAGUCUGGAAAAUGCUUUCACAGCCAAGAUUUCAGAGGAUGCUGGAGCCAGAGCAGCUACAGGGUUUAGAGAAGUAGAGAGAGGGGCGCACACCCAGCCGCAGCCAGUGUGCCCAGGCCAGCCCCCCACACACAGUCCAGUGUGCCUGGCCAGCUGGGGCUUCUGUCUCCUGCCCCUUGCAGUGGUCCCCGUGGCCUGCCUCCAGACCUCUCGGCCUCGAAAGCUGGAGAAAAGCCCGUCCUGAGGGAGCAGGAGCUGUGGAGCUGGAGCGGGGCCAUUGGCAUGGAGCCGUCGACGAGGAGGACGGCUGUCUCCAGGCAGGAGGAGGGCUUUGGGGGGCAGCCCAGUAAGGUCGUCGACGGGGGAAUGGUCCCCCACCUCCGGCGGAGCAACAGCAGCCUCUGCAAGAGCAAGAGGUCGCAGCUCCUCUUCGGCAACUGCGACAAGGUAGGUUCAGGUUCCUCCAUGUGCCCUGAGAACCAUGGAAGACGGUGGUGCAGUUUUGUCUCCACCAUCAAAUUGUCUAAUCUUGUGAAGGUGGUGUGUGAGUGCGGCUACACACGUGAGCAGCACUUAGAGGAGGCCACCAGGCCCCGUGCCUUCCAGGGCAAGGAGUGGGACCCGAAAAAGCACGUCCAGGAGAUGCCCACAGACGCCUUUGGUGACAUCGUCUUCAAGGGCCUGGGCCAGAAGGUGGGAAAGUAUGUCCGCAUCUCCCAGGACACACCCUCCAGUGUGAUUUACCACCUCAUGACCCAGCACUGGGGCCUGGACGACCCCAACCUCCUCAUCUCAGUGACAGGCGGGGCCAAGGACUUCAACAUGAAACCCAGGCUGAAGAGCGUCUUCCGAAGAGGCCUGGUCAAGGUGGCCCAGACCACAGGGGCCUGGAUCAUCACCGGGGGGUCCCACACGGGCGUCAUGAAGCAGGUGGGCGAGGCUGUGCGGGACUUCAGCCUGAGCAGCAGCUACAACGAAGGAGAAGUCGUCACCAUUGGAAUCGCCACGUGGGGCACCGUGCACAAGCGGGACAGCCUCGUCCACCCCACGGGCAGUUUCCCUGCUGAGUACAUCAUGGAUGAGGAAGGCCAGGGGCACCUGACCUGCCUGGACAGGAACCACUCCCACUUCAUCCUUGUGGACAAUGGGACCCACGGCCGCUACGGGGUCGAGAUUCCCCUGAGGGCGAAGCUGGAGAAGUUCAUAUCGGAGCAGACCAAGGAAAGAGGGGGUGUGACCAUCAGGAUCCCUCUCGUCUGCGUGGUGCUGGAGGGCGGGCCCGGCACGCUGCACACCAUCUACAACGCCAUCACCAACGGCACCCCCUGCGUGAUCAUGGCGGGCUCGGGCCGCGUGGCUGACGUCAUUGCCCAGGUAGCCGGCCUGCCCAUCUCUGAGAUCACUGUCUCCCUGAUUCAGCAGAAGCUGGGCAUGUUCUUCCAGGAGAUGUUUGAGACCUUCACUGAAAGCCGGAUUGUGGAGUGGACCAAAAAGAUCCAAGACAUCGUCCGGAAGCGGCAAUUGCUGACCAUCUUCCGGGAAGGCAAGGACGGCCAGCAGGACGUGGACGUGGCCAUCCUGCAGGCGUUGCUGAAAGCCUCUCGGAGCCAUGACUACUUUGGCCACGAGAACUGGGACCACCAGCUGAAGUUAGCGGUGGCGUGGAACCGUGUGGACAUCGCCCGGAGCGAGAUCUUCACCGAUGAGUGGCAGUGGAAGCCCUCAGAGCUGCACCCCAUGAUGACAGCCGCCCUCAUCGCCAACAAGCCCGAGUUUGUGAGGCUCUUCCUGGAGAACGGGGUGCAGCUGAAGGAGUUCGUCACGUGGGACACCCUGCUCUACCUGUACCAGAACCUGGAGCCCUCCUGCCUGUUCCACUACAAGCUGCAGAAGGUGCUGGCCGAGGAGCCCGCCGCGCCCCGCCUGCAGCUGCACCACGUAGCCCAGGUGCUGCGGGAGCUGCUGGGGGACUUCACGCAGCCGCUGUACCCCCGGCCCCGCUCCAGCGACCGGCCGCGGCUCUCGCUGCCUGUGCCCAACAUCAGACUGAACGUGCAGGGAGUGAGUCUCCGGUCCCUGUACAAGCGUUCACCAGGCCAUGCUGCCUUCACCAUGGACCCGGUCCGUGAUCUUCUCAUUUGGGCCAUCAUCCAGAACCGUCGGGAGCUGGCAGAAAUCAUCUGGGCUCAGAGCCAGGACUGCAUCGUGGCAGCCUUGGCCUGCAGCAAGAUCCUGAAGGAGCUGUCCAAGGAGGAGGAGGACACGGACAGCCUGGAGGAGAUGCUGGCGCUCGCUGAUGAGUACGAGCAGAGAGCCAUCGGGGUCUUCACCGAGUGCUACCGGAAGGAUGAGGAGAGAGCCCAGAAGCUGCUGGUCCGCGUGUCGGAGGCCUGGGGGAAGGCCACUUGCCUGCAGCUGGCGCUGGAGGCCAAGGACAUGAAGUUCGUGUCUCACGGGGGCGUCCAGGCCUUGCUGACCAAGGUGUGGUGGGGCCAGCUCUGCGAGGACAACGGGCUCUGGCGGGUGGUCCUGUGCAUGCUGGCCUUCCCACUGCUCUGCACCGGCCUCGUCUCCUUCAGGGAGAGGCGGCUGCAGGACGUGUGGGGCCUGCCCCGCAUCCGCGCCUUCUUCAGCGCGCCCGUGGUCGUCUUCCACCUGAACAUCCUCUCCUACUUCGCCUUCCUCUGCCUCUUUGCCUACGUGCUCAUGGUGGACUUCCAGCCGGCGCCCUCGGGCUGCGAGUGCCUCGUCUACGUCUGGCUCUUCUCCCUGGUGUGCGAGGAGCUGCGCCAGCUCCUCUACGACCCCGACGAGUGUGGGCUGAUGAAGAUGGCCGCGUUGUACUUCAGCGACUUCUGGAAUAAGCUGGACAUUGGUGCCAUCCUGCUCUUCAUCGCAGGGCUGACCUGCAGGCUUGUCCCGGGGCUGCUGUACCCCGGGCGCAUCAUCCUCUCCCUGGACUUCAUCAUGUUCUGCCUGCGGCUGAUGCACAUCUUCACCAUCAGUAAGACGCUGGGGCCCAAGAUCAUCAUCGUGAAGCGGAUGAUGAAGGAUGUCUUCUUUUUCCUGUUCCUGUUGGCUGUGUGGGUCGUGUCCUUCGGGUGGCAGCAGGCCAUCCUCAUCCACAACGAGAGCCGGGUGGAGUGGAUCUUGGGUGUCGUGUACCACUCCUACCUCAGGGCGGUUGUGGGCGUGUUCUCUGUGGUCCUGCCCCGUAACCCACGUGCUCCUGCCCCCACCAGCUACACGUUCCAGCAGGUCCAGGAGCACACGGACCAGAUCUGGAAGUUCCAACGCCACGACCUGAUAGAGGAGUACCAGGGCCGGCCCCCCGCGCCGCCCCCAUUCAUCCUCCUCAGCCACCUGCACCUCUUCGUCAGGAGGGUCGUCCUGAAGAUCCCCUCCAGGCGGCACAGGCAGCUCAAGGACAAGCUGGAGAAGAACGAGGAGGCGGCCCUCCUGUCCUGGGAGAUGUACCUGAAGGAAAGCUACCUGCAGAGCCAGCAGCUCCAGAAGCAGCAGCUCCCGGAGCAGAAGGUCCAGGACAUCAGUGAGAAGGUGGACACCAUGGUGGACCUGCUGGAAAUGGCACGUCUGAAGCGGUUGGGCUCCAUGGAGCAGAGGCUGGUCUCCCUGGAGGAGCAGGUGGCCCGGACGACCAGAGCGCUGCACUGGGUUGUGAAGAGCCUGCGGGCCAGUGGCUUCGGCUCGGAGGAGGGCGUCCCCACCCUGGUACCCCAGAAGGUCUCGGAGGGGCAGGACCCUGAUCUGGACAGAGGGCAGAAGGCGGAGGACCCUGGUGACGCCUACCACGUGAACGCCCGGCACCUCUUCUACCCCGGCUCCUCGGUCCUGCGUUUCCCGGUGCCCAACGAGAAGGUGCCCUGGGAGGUGGAGUUCCUCAUCUACGACCCGCCCUUUCACACGGCCAACAGGAGGGACAAGGACUCGGUGGACCCCAUGGGAGACGCCCUGGAGCCUCUGUCCAGGAUCAGCUACAACGCGGUGGACGGACACCUGGACCGACGCAGCUUCCACGGGACCUAUGCCGUCCGGGACGGGCUCCCUCUGAACCCCAUGGGCCGCACCGGGCUGCGCGGGCGCGGGGGCCUCAGCUGCUUUGGCCCCAACCACACACUGCAGCCUGUGAUCACCCGCUGGAGGCGGAACCAGGACGGUGCCAUCUGCAGGAAAGGCAUAAAGAAGAUGCUGGAAGUGCUGGCGGUGAGACUCCCCGUCUCGGAGCACUGGGCCCUGCCGGGGGGCUCCCGGGAACCGGGAGAGACACUGCCCCGGAAGCUGAAGCAGGUCCUCCGGAGAGAGUUCUGGCCUUCCUUUGAGAACUUGCUGGCGCAGGGCAUGGAGGUGUACAAAGGGUAUGUGGAUGACCCGAGGAACACCGACAACGCCUGGAUCGAGACGGUGGCUGUGAGCAUCCACUUUCCAGACCAGAGCGAUGUGGAGCUGAAAAGGCUGGACUCUCACCUGCACUCCUGCGACACAGGGAUGUCCAUCCGAUGGCAGGUGGUGGACCGGCGCAUCCCGCUGUACGCCAACCACAAGACCAUUCUCCAGAAGGUGGCCACCUUGUUCGGGGCUUACUACUAACCCGGGGACACAGGCUGGGCAGCUUGGCCAGGCAGGCGGGGCUCUUCCAGCCAUGGCCCCCUUGGAGACUGCAGGGGACAGAGGCCAACACCGGCCACUGAGGCACACGCAGCCCUGGACCUCAGGCAGGUGAGGGCGCUGCGGGGGCGCCGUGCGGUGUGGUUUGGGGAUCUGCCGCCCUCACAGCCAGCUCGGGUGACCAGCUCGUGAACUGGAAGGCAUUGGGGUGCCCUGAGAGGAGAGCCAAGUGGGGCACCAGCUGGCUCCAGCCACCCGGCAGUGCCACUGGGACCCUACCUGCCAACGCUGCCUCUCCUGAUUCUGCUUGGCCCUCGGCCUGGACUCAGUUCCCUCCUGGCUGCGUCCUGUGGGCAGCGCGUCCACCACAAGAGGUGCAUCGCCCAAGGCCUGGAUUUCCUGGAGAGCCAGGAUCCCCUUGUGGUCCCCCCUCCUUGGGCCCACGCUCCCAAGAUGCCCUCCACUGUGACCUAAUGCGGACCCUCACCUGACCCAGGGCAGGGCACCACGAGAACCCAGUUCCCCGGGCUGUGAGCCCUUAGCGGGCCAGGAGGCCUGGCACGCUCGGGCCUUCUCCUGAGACGCAGAGGGCCCUGCCGGCGCGCCGUCCCAGGACCCAGGCGGGGAGGCGCAGACGCACGGCGUGGCAGGGCCCUUCCAUGGCCCAGACUCCUCUCUUCCCCCCUCCACCCCAAGAGCCCAGGGAGGGGUGGCGGUGGGUGUGGCCUGAGGGGAGGCUGCCCGGUUCAGCAUCAGCGACUCACAGACCAUCAGCAUCAACCACCAGGGCCUGUUGGGGCCAGGAAUGGUGUGCAAACCCAACGUCGAAUCCGCUUUCCCAUGUCAGCCCAGCCGGCCUCCUCUGUGCUUCCCUCAGAUACAGUGCACACGUGGGCGGUGGUCAGGCCAUAUCUGCACCGCCGAAACCUCUUUGCCAGGCCAAGGUCCAGGCUGCAGUCCCCUCAGGUCCAAGGCUCACGGUUUCUCCUCUGAUCACCCCCAACCCCACAGACACACACGUGGACUCCUUCUUUCCAUUUUCCGAGGCCCAGGUUCUGGCCUCCCAAGUCGAGCCUCAGUCCCCGGUGCACCCCACCCCCCGCAGUGCUCAGAGACUGUGGAGCCUUGGGAGUCACAUAUCCAGUCAAACUAGCGUUCAUGUAGUAGCACCAAAUAAAGACAUUUUAAAAUUGUAAGGACCAA